AUGAUAUGUUUCGUUUAUCAAUAUUUGCUAAGUGGCCUUGAAAGUAUUUAUUUAGAAGAUGGAUUUGAAGUUAAUGUCUUAGGAUUUGAUUCAAUGUCAUAUGGAUAUCCACCAUACCGUAACUAUAGAAAGUACGGCAGAGUAAAUUGUGAUGAUGCAGAUACAGCAGAUCCAGAUUCUCUAAAAUAUUAUGAUUCUGAACAAUGGUAUGAUGACUAUUAUUCAUUACAUGAUUCUAUAUUUGUCUGA